AACUCGUGCGGCAGCACAGCUCAAGAGCGCCGUGGCCUCUGCUUCGCUUCCCCUGAUCACUGCUCGGCCAGGCGGGGGCAAAUUUCCACCAAGCAAAGAAACGAGGGGGAAAAGGACAACAGAAAGGUGCUGUUCGCCGCUGCACGGGCCCAGUGAGCGGGAGCUACACGAGUUACUUUCAGAGCUUCAGUUGGACACGCUGCUGUUGAGGAAUGGAAGCCAAUCAGGAAGUGCCAGAGGCUGUUGCUGAGUCACAGGCCGUAGAGGAAUUGCCCACUCCUGAGCAGCCCAAGCCUGCAGAGGUAGAAGAGAAGCCCUCAGAGCCAACCGAGUCACCGCAGAAUCCUCUAGAGACGGGGGAAGCACAGACAAAAACUUCUGAGCCAGAGAAAGCACCCGAAGUGGAGCCUGCUGAAGCCAAAGCAUCUCCUCAGCCAGCGCAGGUAACCGAGAAUGUGGAUGCAGCAGCAGACCAAGUGAAACCAGAAGUGGAAAAGCCUCCUCAGAAACCAGCAGAGGGUGAGACAAAGACAGAAAAUGAAGUAGUGGAGCAGAAGACCACUGAACAGGUGGAGAAGAAGCCAGAAGUUGCUGAGAAGUCUGCUGACCAGUCAGAACAAAAGUUAGAAGGAAAGAGUGCUGGGGAAGUGGAGGCCACUGCAGCUACUGCUGCAAAGGAAGUGGAGAAAGCAGGUGCCCCAGAGACGGAGCCUGAAAAGCCAUCUGAAGCAGAACAGGUUCCAGCUGAGCUCCCCAAAGAAGCAGAGCUUCCAUUUUUCUACGGCUGGUUCCUGCUUUCAGAGGUUGAGGAGAGGAUAAAGUGCUCCACAAUGGAUUUCCUCAAGAUUCUGGACACUUUGGAGGCCUUCAAGAAACAUCUCAAUGAAUUUACUGGGGAAGCGGAGAAAGAGGUAGACCUGGAGCAGUAUUUCCAGACCAAAGAACCUCUCCACUGCACAACCAAAUUUUGUGACUAUGGAAAGGUAGAAGGAUCAAAAGAAUAUGCUGAACUACAGGUAGUGAAGGACUCAUACGGCAACUCAGCUGAGCUGUCUGUUGUGGGUCUCAUGGUGACCCCUCGCACGUUUGGUGCCCGUGUAGAGCUGACCUCAGAGCAGCUGCAGCUGUGGCCAGCGGGAGCUGACAAAGAGGGUGUACCUGAGACCUCCCUGGCAGGCGUGGAGGCUCUUCCGGUGGGCAGCCGCGCCCAUGUCACCUUGGGCUGUGCAGCAGGGGUGGAGGCGGUUCAGACCGGCCUGGACCUUCUGGAGAUCCUGGUUCUGCAGCAGGAACACCAUGAGGCAUCUGCCGUGGAGGAGCUAGAGCUGGGCACGCUGUCCUACCUGGGCCAGGGCCGCUGGUACCUGAGCUUGAGGGAGGCGGUCACAUGCGACACCACUUUCUCCAGCUUCUCCGAAGACAAGCCUCCCGCUGAACCAGCCAAGAAGGAGGGUGGGGAGAAGAAGAAGAAGCCAAAGUGCUCCAUUCUGUGAGGGAGAUGAAGAAGAUGUUUCUUGAGGGUUCUUGGGGGGGCACCACUCCCCAACUGCCUGAGGCUGGUUUUCUGUAUGUGUGGUUGCUGUGGAUUGUGUGUAUGUGUUUUUUCAGCUUUAGUGUACGCAUAGGGCUGGGGUGGGUGAUUUUGUUUUUUUUGGUACAUACUGCAAGCCCCUGUCAUUCCAAAGCACUCCCAGCCCUCCCUUUAGCAGGUGCCUUUCCCCCUCUUUCGCUUGGCAGCACAAGCUCUGAGGCCUUAGAAUCUGCCUUAAGGUCAUUUCUCACCCUGCUGUAGUUCAUAGUUCACUCGUUAGGUGCUACUAGCUCACCCAGCUUUGGCCACUGCACUAUCCCUGUUCUCUUCUACGCUGCAGCAUUCAAUCAGUCUUCCCUGCACUCAGUAUGAUGUUAGCUUGCUUAUCAGGCUGUGUUUAUCUGUGUUAUUAGUUUAGCUACACUGUUGUCACUGCUCGUCACUUCCAGUUUGGUUUAGUUUUUUUUUUUUUUAUUUUUUUUUUUUUUUUUUUUUUUUUUUUUUCUUUGUUAUUGUGUGUGUGUGUGUCAGGCUGGAGUUCUAGAACGUCUGUUCAGAUGCUGCAACUAGAUGUAACAUUAUUGGUGCCAAAUAGGUAUGUCUUGCCACCAGGUUAGUUCAAAAAUUGAGCCUAGAUUUGAUUCCUGCACAUGAAAGGCUGUUUGUUGGUGUGCGUAUGUUUGGGACGUCUGCGUAUUUAGUGCAUUUCUUCUCUCUCUGCAGUAGUGAUAUGGCUUUUGUGACAAACUUCAGUAAGACUGCAUGCAGCAUCAACUGUAAAACCCCACACCCCAUUCCUUAGUCUUCAGUGCACAGGCAUUUUCAACAUAGUUUUUUGCUUUGUUCCACUUUUUUCCUCUCUCUAUCCAACAUGGCUGUAUUCUGUCUUUCUCAGUGAGUGAAACUGUGAAUGUCUCUUUCGUAAAGCUCUCAUGUGGUGCUACAGUCACUCCGUGGGAACUUUCUUUCUGAAUGUGCCGUCUGCCACAUUAGCUAACAUGGCUAACACGCUACACUUUGCCUAACCAUAUCUUCUGUCGAUUGGAUCGCCUCGACACAGCACUAUUUUGAGCUAGUCUCAUGUUCUUUCCCAUUGCUGUCACUUUUCGACAAAAGGUGCACUCAGAAUACUGUGACUGGUGACUGCCUCUUGCCUUCCUCCGCAAUUGGGCGCUCGAAGGCAGCAGCCAUGCUUAUGUAGGCCUGCGUCAUUGAGGCGCUAUGUUUUUUGCACUUACCUUUUUUGAUUUUGUUUUGUUUUUUGUACACUUAAUAAAGAAUUUGCUUGGCUCUGA